AGCCAGAGGCACAGCCUAAUAGAAGAUCGCAGCGAUAAUGCAGUCCUUCGGUGCCGGUAUUGCCAGGGAAUCUGUGUUCGUGCGGGACUAUGAGGCAGAUUUUACCAAACUUCUAGCAGCCAAAACCAAAAUACAAAGUGUUGGAGAAUGGUUGGAAGACAUGGCGCUGGGGCAGUACGAAAACACUCUUGUUGCUAACGGUUACGAUGACAUGGACUUCUUGGGUGGAAACAUCCUAGAAGACCCUGAUCUCCAGGAAAUUGGCAUCAAAGACCCCAAACAUCGGCGGCAGAUCCUGGAAGCUGCGAAAUCUCUGCCAAAAGUCAAACCAAUAAGUGCUGAUAAUAUGCCCGGCUCCGUCGCGGAAUGGCUGCAAUCGUUACGGCUGAUUGAUUAUUGCGAUACUUUUAUAUCUCAUGGAUUUGACCAGAUGGAACGUGUACGACAGUUAUGGGAGCUGGAAUUGACCACAGUGUUGGACAUUGGCACACUGGGCCACCGCAAGCGAUUGCUGGCAUCGUUAGGUGAGAAGCAAGUUCCUGUUCCAGAUGUGACGAAGCGCCACUCCAGUCCAUUUGUGAGCAACCUUGAAGAAUCCAAACCUUACUUCCACGAUCUAAACCUCUUCAAAGACUACAGCAACUUGUGUUCGUCGACCAUCCAACCAGAGGACCUGCGGAAGCCCUCAUCUGUCUGUGCGACCAUAGGGCCGGUCCCAUGUUUGUCGUCACAGUUUAACGGUCGCGACGCUGACGAGAUCCGAAGAGAGGGCAAACACAUACAAGACGAGUCAGUCCAUAUACGACCUCCCCAUUUAGCACAAUCAACCAGUCCUGUGAAGCAGUGGUGUCAUAAACCGGAGGUGCUUAUCAAAGGCUGCUGUAAUUAUAUUGCUCAGUAUCUUGGUUCAGCUGUCGUAUGGCAGUUAAACGGCAUUGAUUCAACACGUGAAGGAAUUGCCAAGAUGAAGUACAGGUUUUGGUACAACAUUCAGGUUAGUACUACUAUUACUAAUGCAACCACCACCACCACCACCACUACUACUACUAUGGCUGCAACUACUACUACUACUACUACUACUACUACUAUCACCACCACCGUGACCUUGCAUUGUGGUUUUAGGCCUAUGCAAUCCCAAGAAUGGCAAUUUCAGUCCAAAUAUCUAUCCUCACCCCACUUACCGAUUUGCAGAAUCAUUCCCCACCCCUUACUUGGCAUUUGA